ACCCCACCGCACCCCACCACACCUCAGCACAGCACACCAUGUCCACCCCACCUCCAAAAAAGGCGCGCCUCUCGUCCCCGUCUCCAGCGCCCCUCGCCUCCACUACCACCACUGCCUCGAGCACAACAGCAAUCCCGCAAUCCGCCGCCGAAAUCGCCGUCGGAAUCACCGAAUAUGUCAAUCCCACCUUACCCGCGUGGUCGGGCGUGCUGAAGCAGCGAUACUCCGAUUUCCUCGUCAAUGAGGUCGAUCAGGCUGGGAGGGUGGUGCAUCUUGUCAACACGAGGCCGCCGGCGCAGGCGGACCGUGGUGGCGAGGAGGGGAAGAAUGCGAAUAUGAAUAGGAAGAGGGAGACGACUAAUGCUAAGCCUACCGCGGCGGCUGUGGCGGAGGUGGGGGAGAAGGUGGCUCUGGCGCGAUGUGCGCCGGGCAAGGCGGCCGACGUCACGACGCCGCCCAUGGAUAACAAGGACUCGCGGUCGGCAUUCCACGCGUUGAUCCGCACGCUGUUCAACAGCAAGCUUGUGACCGAGGCGACGAGCGACGAUCCGCCGUGCAUCUCCAUCCAGCGAGGUAGUGUCCAGGCGCUCGAAAACGAUCGGCGGCGCUCGCGUCGCGGCGGGAAGAACCACAAGAAGCCGGGGGGGUUCGAGGAGCUCGGCGGCGAGUAUUGCCAUUUCACCCUGUACAAGGAGAACCGCGAUACGAUGGAGGUGCUGAAUCUCCUGGCGAGGCUGUUGAAGCUGAAGAGUGGCGGGAAGGCGUUUUCGUUUGCGGGGACGAAGGAUCGGCGGGCUGUGACGGCGCAGAAAUGUGCGGCGCAUAUGAUCAGGGCGGAUAGGUUGGCUGGCUUGAACAACGGUGGCGAACACGGCCUGCGAGGUGCGCGUCUGGGGGAUUUUGAAUACAAGCCGUACGGCCUAUCUCUGGGCGACUUGAAAGGCAACGAAUUCGUCAUCACCCUCCGGCAGGCACAGAGCCUUGACGCCAGCGUCACGCUCGAAGCCGCCGUCAAGACCUGCGUCGACGCGGUCAAGCGCUCCGGCUUCGCGAACUACUACGGCCUGCAGCGCUUCGGCUCCUUCGACGUCACCACGUCCGACAUCGGCGUGUACCUGCUGCGCGGGGACUGGCGCGGGGCCGUGGACAAGAUCCUAAGCUACAACGCCUUACUCUGCGACCAGCCUGUGGAGAACGAAAACAAAUUCUCGCGCGACGACCGGGAGCGCGCGGAAGCCUGCAAGAUCUACCACGACACGUACGAUUUCUCGCGGGCCUCGUCGACCAUGCCGCGCAAAUUCGUCGCCGAGUCGGCAAUCCUCCGGUACUUCGCGGAGCGCGGCAUGCCCGGCGACGGCAAGGGCAAGGGCCUCGACUACCUCGGCGCCAUGCAGGCGAUCCCCCGCUCGCUGAGAAUCAUGUACGCGCACGCGUACCAGAGCUUCGUGUGGAAUCACGUUACGUCGGCGAGGCUGCGGAUGUCGCGCACCGCUGUACUGCCCGGCGACCUCGUCCUCGCCGAACAGAAGAAACCUGCACCUGUCGAGGAGGUCGAUCAGGACGGCGAGGUGGUUAUCGCGCCCGUUGACUCGGCUGACGUCGGCGGCGAUGGGAUCCAGCGCGCGAGAGCGCUCUCUGCUGAGGAGGCCGCGAGUGGGAGGUUCGCUAUUACCGAUGUCGUUCUUCCCUCGCCCGGCUGGGAUAUCGAGUACCCCGCCAAUCCGGAGUUGAUGGCGGUGUACAAGGAGAUUAUGGCGGCGGAGCAGCUCGAUCCUAGAGAUAUGCGAAGGAGCGUGAGGGACUACUCGCUCACGGGUAGUUAUAGGAAGAUCAUGAGUAACUUUAUCGAUGAUGAGAUUAGCUACGAGGUCAGGAGGUGUAAGCUCGGUGAGCAGGUUGUCAGCACCGAUCUGGAGAUUAUUGAGAAGGAUGAGAAGAUGGAGGAUGUACAGACGACGGAGACGGAGGAGCAGGAGGAGGAGAUGGUGGUUGUCAUAAGGAUGAGGUUGGGAACGAGUUGCUAUGCGACUAUGGCGCUCAGGGAGGUGAUGAAGGGUGGGGUUGUGGCCUUUAAGCCUGAGUUUGGGCGGUAGAGGGCGUAUCAUAUAGACUGCCGAUGAUCUACUGGAAUGAAAUGCGAUAUGUAGGAUCGGUUUGGAUUC